AUGGCUCGACGGGCAAAGCAGAGCGAUGGAGAUGAAUUCGCCGUUGAUCGCCAGCUAGAGGACACUCUACAGCAGUCAGCUGCCCAGGCUGCUGCUGCCGAUGUCUUGCUGGCAGAGUAUGGCUAUGGCAACCCGUACUACGAUAGGAAAUAUGGUAGUAGUGGCCGUGGGAGGUCAGUCGUGACGGGCCCUUCAAAACGCAAGCCAUGUCCAUACCCAUACCCAGAGACUGCUGCUAGACGUGAUGAUACCCUUACUGCUUCCACCUCAUCGCAUCGUCGACGCGAGGCUAGCAGAGACCGAUAUAGCGUUGACGUUGCCGGUUCAUAUUCAUACAAGUCGUCGUCGCCUCAGAAGCCAGUUCUCCCUCGCGAGCUGCCUGAAGAGCCGACUCUUCGUUCUCGCAGAGGCCAGGACGUGGCGGAGUUUAGGGACAGACAGGAACGCCAGUCCCGGUUCCUAGAAGGUAGCAUGAAUGACAAGGUCAGCAAACGUCCGCCAUCCGUCUUUAUAGGCGACGAGCAAGAGUACCUACUCUCGGCAUACAUGGACGAGCACAACGCCCAUUCAAACGGGUGGCAGCCUGCUACUUGCAGCCAGACACCCGCGACGCCCACGCUGCAUAGCAAGAAAGCGUCUCUUUCUUCCGUCAAAUCUGCCAAUAACGCUGAUGCAACUGAACCCAGACCGUCAGGCGUCUUUCGCUUUGGAAAGGCUAUCGUCUCCGCUAUCAACCCUCUGGGUGUAUGGGGUAACGUCUCUGAAAUCUGGAAGGGCCAUGAUUCGUCGUCCAAGGGAUCGGCUUCGAGAGAACUACCGGUCGACACUGCUCAUGCUGCACGCAUCGAGAAGGCGUAUCAGGAAUACAAAGCGUCUGCAGCCUAUAGGAGCACCACCCCGUCAACCGCUCCAUUACAUAGAUAUGCCUAUUCGAGGGAAGGCACUGCCAGCCCAACAAAAUUCCUGCCUGCUCAAACACCGCAGCCGCAGCCAUCUCAUCGCCCAAGUGCUUCAAUCCAAUCUAGCACUAGCAAGGAGCUGCCUCCCACACCACUUGAAUGGCAGGGUGUGCCGGCUUCUACCGUCUCCAAACGCUCUUCGCUCCAGACAAUCAAAAACUCUCGAUCAUUCCUCAAUCUCAGCCAAUCCCUCCGGAAGGAACAGUCACACAAGGACCUUGCAAGAGAAAACAAAUUGAGGAAAAAAGUUAGCAACCUCGAGGAAAAGCUCUUGAGAUAUAGACGCGAGCUCAGCACUUUCGUGCACGACGAUGAUAAGCAGGCGGACGAACUCGAAGGAGAUGCACAUGCUGUUCACCCUGUCCAGAUUAACAAUCAUGCAACACAUCAGCAUUAUCUCCCUCCUACAGCUGGCCCCUCGGUUCCUUCAGCUCCAUCUCCAGCUCCUGUUCCUCCAAGCCAUGAUAAGAGAUAUAUGCGAAUGAGAUCCAAAAAAUUCGUUCCAGGUGCCCUGCCUUCGCUUCCUUCAGAGAGACUCCUUUUUGACGGUGAAGAGCCUGCCACCAUUCGUGAGUUAUCGGAGCAAGAGUCCAGUCCUGAGAAGCCUAUCUAUACGAGAAGAUCAGAACCUCGACUGAGACGGGCGGUCCCGCGAAUUGGAGAGGAAGACCUCAUCCAGACUCCUACCGCCACAAUCGCCAACCGGGCCGUAGAGGGGGCUAGCACACCUCCAUCACGGAAACGAAAGUCUCCUUCCCCCGAUCCUGGAAGUAUCCGUCGCCGCCGGAUCUCUGCCACCUAUAGCAAGAACAUAAGAAGCAACAACAACAACAACAACAUUGACAAUUACAAUGACAAUAACAAUGGCGCCUCACCUUCGCCUUCACCGCGGCCCAAUCGUCAUGCUUCGACUGAAAAGCUAACAGGACCCCGUCCCCGCCCUGUCAAUGCACACACAGAGGCCGAAGGCCGGCGUAAUCAGCCAUCCCGCAGAGCCAAAGACACCAAGCCAGUUUACUAUCCAAACUAUGAUUUGGCCACACGCCCUGUCCCUCUCCCCGAACGAUCCGAACCCAAACCCAAGCACAACCAAACCCCAACUCCUGCCCCAGCCAAAACGCCAACGCCCAUCUCUACCCCGGCCCUUACUCCUCGUCACAGUAGCUCCAGCGUAUCGGUGGAAGUAGCCAUCCCAAUUUCGGCCCCCCCUCCCAUCCCGUCUUCUACCAAACCGUCACGGACACCAACCUCUAGGCAAAAGCCGGAGCAAAAGAAAACUGCAGAUGCAACCGCAAAGACUGCUUCAGUUCCGCCCCCACAGCCAGAGCCUGUUCCAACAGCGAAAAGGGACGUCAUAAGCCGAUCUGGCAGUCCAAAGAAGCACCACAACAUUCCACCACGCCGUAAAGCUGUCGAUAAACCUAUCACUAUUACGCCAGGGAGAGGGGAUGACGAGAAUAUCCCGCCUGUUCCUCCGUUGCCAGUAGAACAUGGAGGCAGCCCGUCAAUUGAGGACGAUGAGUUCGAGUGGCCUGAAGGCAUUUUCUAG